AUGCACUUCGUGGACACCGUCGUCGCCGCCCUGCUGCUGGCCGCCAGUGCCGUGGCAGUCCCCAUUGAGUCGCCCAUCGAAUUGAUGAAACGCGCCCCCAGCCCAGGCGUCGUGAUCCAGAAGUGCUCCAAGCCCGGCGUUCUCGCCCUGGCCUACGAUGAUGGUCCUUACCAGUACACCUCGCAGCUGGUCGAUAUUCUCAACAAUGGUGGUGCCAAGGCUACUUUCUUCAUGACGGGCACGCUGUACGGUUGCAUUUACAACCAGAAGACUGCCGUCAAGAAGGCGUUCGAUUCCGGCCACCAGAUUGCUUCGCACACCUGGACGCACCCUUCCAACUUCGGCAGUCUCAGCCAGGCCGACCUUACUUCGCAGAUGCAGAAGCUUGAGCAGGCGAUGGUCAACAUCAUCGGCAAGAAGCCCGCUUACAUGCGGCCCCCGUACCUUGCUACCGGCGGCUCCGUCCUGUCGACGAUGAAGACCCUGGGAUACAAGGUCAUCACCGACGACGUCGACUCCGGUGACUGGAACGGCCAGACUGCUGCGCAGAGUGAGCAAAAGUUCACGCAGGCUGGAGCCGGCGGCAACGGACACAUUCCCCUCAUGCACGAGACCUACGCCAGCACGGUGCAGACCCUGACGCCGUGGUUGAUCAACUGGGCCAAGCAGAACAACCUCAAGCUCGUGACUGUUGCUGAAUGUCUUGAUGACGGCAGCGGAGCUUACCAGGCCGGCAGCUUUACCGGCAAUGGCCAGUCGACCUGCUAA